AUGGCCCGGCGACUUGGAAACAUGGCGGGAGUCAGUGGGCACGUGGCCCCAAUCUUGGAAAAUGCGAAGUUGAAGUUCGAAGAGAAGUUUGGGGAACUCCCAGCCUAUGCAGCUGUUGCGCCUGGAAGAGUCAAUUUAAUAGGGGAACACACCGAUUACAAUGGAGGCUUCGUUUUUCCAAUGGCUGUACCCAUGGUUACAGUUGUGGUUGGAAGGGAGAGCCAAGAUGGGAAGAGCCAGGUGUAUACCAUGAGUGAUGCUGCCGAUGAGCCUCGUCUCGUUGAGUUUGUCGUUAAAGAUGGACUGCAGCCAGGAACUCCUAAGUGGGCCAAUUAUGUGAAAGGAGUCAUUGCUAAUUUCCAUGAGCCAGUGAAGGAAUUCCAAGCUGUGAUUAUCACAAGUGUUCCUCUUGGUGGAGGAUUGUCAAGCAGUGCAUCACUGGAGGUUGCUUUCUAUACAUUCCUGGAAGCAUUGAUGAAGUCAAAUGCUUCAAGUUUGACAGAGAAGGCAUUGAAAUGUCAAAAGGCAGAACAUGAUUUUGCGGGGAUGCCCUGUGGGAUCAUGGACCAAUUCAUUGCUGUCAUGGCCAAGCAUGGACAUGCUCUGCUUCUGGAUUGCAGGUCCAUGGACUGGGAGCAAGUUCCCCUGAAUGAUCCUGACAUUGCCAUCCUCGUAACGAAUUCAAAUGUUCGACACGAACUGUCGGGAAGUGAAUAUCCCGAGAGGAGAAAGCACUGCGAAGAAGUUGCUCAAGUCUUUGGUGUCAAGUCCCUUAGAGAGCUGAGUGUUCAACAACUAGAUGAAAAGGCAGGAGUGCUGGAUCCCAAGAAGCUACAGCGUGCACGUCAUGUCAUCACGGAGAUAGAGAGGACAUCGAAAGCUGCAGAUGCUCUCAAGCUAAAGGAUUACAACCAGUUUGGGAAGCUCAUGGUGGAAAGUCACGAAUCUCUCAGGGAUGAUUAUGAGGUGUCAUGCAAGGAAUUGGACGAACUGGUCAAUGCAGCCAUUGAAGUUGAUGGAGUCUAUGGGUCACGUAUGACUGGAGGUGGAUUUGGUGGUUGCACCGUUACAUUGCUGAAACGAAGCAGUGUGGAAGGAGUCAUAUCCCACAUUCAAUCUAAAUAUAAGAAAGGGGCCACAUUCUUCAUCUGUCAACCAGUCGAAGGUGCCAAGGUCAUUGAGAUCUAAGUCAGGCCAGACACCAAAACCACAUUCCUCACCAGAUCAUCACAUUCCACUUAUGCAUUCCUCUGUUAUGGGUUAUACGGUUUCCAAUACUUCCUCACGAAAAACUAAAUUUUUAGGGAAAAGAUAGGCAGGCAAAAAAUAGCCAGUGGUGAUUAUUAGGAUUUAUUCUAUCAUCAUUCACAUGCCACAAUGUAUUCAUAUAUCCAGAAAGCUUGGGAAAUACACCCAGCAGGCUGUCUGCACAGUACCUGGAUUCAUGAAAGUCAAUGAAAGCCACCAUAGAAAUGGUAGCACCUGUUUCUUGUGCCUUUAAUGACAUUCAGCUUGCCCACUGAGACCUCCCUCUUCAUUCACCCUUGCAAAUUGUCCAGUAUGGAAGAUUACUUGAUUAGAAGAGAUGUUCAGAAUCUCUCAUUCCUGCAGCCA